AUGGUUUAUCCUUCUUUCUUUUUCGACGUCAUCGCUAGUGGUCGUACCACAGAAGAGCACACCUUUCCUUAUGUCCAAAUUCGCUAUGUGGUCAAUGUACUCGGUGCAAAUGGUCACGAUCGUGAAGUUGUCAAGACAGAAGUUAUCAAAAGGGUGUGGUCUCCCAAGGAUAACGAACAAGAUAUCCGCCGACUUCGUGCACUGUGCAGUGUUGUUAAAAUAUUCGGGAACGACAUCCCAUUCAACUAUUCAUCGGACUGUUGGCGAGCCUUCGACCGCGCCGAAGAUGUCAUGCCGUGA